AUGGUACCCAGUGGUUAUUGGAUCGCAUUGGUGCAUCGGAAUCUACCCGAUUUAACUGCGAGACAUCUGAAGAAAUGCUUUCAUGGAUUGGUGGGCCAUGCCAGACCCUGGAUCAAUGCCGAGGGGAAAAAAAUCGUUCGAGGGAAACGUUGGUCGUUGGCCGUGUACAAUAAACAAGGGGAUCGCGGCUUGCUUCUCCACUCGGGCAAUGUGGGGUUUAUCGAAGAAGCAGCUGAAGAAGAUCCUAUCACGAUUUUGCUCUCAGGGUGUGCCCAAUUAUCGCGUGAAGGUUUUUCAGAUUUAAUUAUCAAUCUCAUCUCUGGCCGAUUGAACGAUGAGCUUUGA